GACGACGCCCCUGCCGCGCCGCCCGGCGGAGCGUAGCGUAAUAAAUUUGAGUCUUGAACUUUUCCAACGUGUGUAUUUAUUGAAGCUAAUCCAAGCCGCGCCGGUUGGUAAUUUAGUGAAUCAUCCCUCAAAAAGUCGUGCAUUACUCGUCAAAAUGGCGAAAAGAGGACACAAACGUUCCAGCUCAGAAGUCAGUGACCACUUUCGUCUCAUAAAUGAGCAAGAAGUUGAGGAUAUCACGCUUGCAUUUUUCUACAAACCGCACACUUUGUUGCUGCUCUCCGUGGCUGUCAUCGGGACAUUUUACUUUGCAUUCACGGGCACUUAUGACGGAAUUGAGCAUAAUAUCUGGAGAGGUCUGAGUCACGCUUCAUUCUACUUCCUCAUUAUCAGUGUUCUAGCAUUCCCUAAUGGUCCUUUCACUCGGCCACAUCCUGCAAUAUGGAGAGUUUGUUUUGGUAUUACUGUCAUGUAUCUCCUAGUGCUCAUCUUCUUCCUCUUCCAAAGCUAUCAGGAUGUGAUGAAAAUCCUACGAUGGAUCUUCCCAGAUCUUGAGGAAUACGACCCAAUAGAAAAGGAAUAUGCAGCCAACUGUUCAGAUGUUUCAAUUGAGCGUGUAUGGGGUCACUUUGACUGGUAUUCCUUCAGUCAUUUUGGAGGCUGGGUCGUCAAGGCUCUUCUGAUGAGGAGCUAUGUUCUCUGCUGGAUUAUUAGUGUCACUUGGGAGAUCACAGAGCUCUCUUUCAUUCACAUCCAGCCCAACUUUGCGGAAUGUUGGUGGGACGCUAUCAUCUUGGACGUUCUAGUCUGUAAUGGUCUUGGCAUCUGGUUGGGGAUGAAGCUGUGUAGGAGACUGGAGAUGACAGAGUUCAGAUGGGAAAGCAUCAAAAACAUUCCAUCCACCUCGGGGAAGAUCAAGAGAGCUGUCCUUCAAUUCACACCUGCAAGUUGGACACCCAUUCGCUGGUUUGAACCCCACUCUUCUUUAAAACGAGUACUAUCUGUCUUCAUCAUUGUAUGUGUUGCACAGCUGGUCGAACUGAAUACAUUUUUCUUGAAGCACAUUUAUAAAUUUCCUGCUGACCAUUGGAUUGGCAUCAUCAGGAUAUUCGUUGUUAUCACAUCCACUGCUCCAACAAUAAGGCAAUAUUAUUCCUACGUCACUGAUCCCUACUGUAAACGAAUGGGCACACACUUGUGGGUGUUUCUGGCAUUCAGUUUAAUAGAGUUGAUGGCAUGCAUCAAGCACGGGCAAGAGAUGUUCUCUAAAACUCUCAUUCAAAACAUCCUGAUGUGGUUAACUAUUCAGCUUACGUUCGUCUUCAUUUGCUUAAUGGCUUUCUGGUGGUACUAUCAAAUACACAAGCCAGUGGAGUCACCGAAACCCUUAGCUCUACGUCGUCUCAGCCAGCAGUCCUCAUCUGCACCGCCUACCCCUAGCAAAGUCACCAAUGGUUACCAUGGUGAUAGCCCCACCCAUCAAUACAUGACGAGGAGGCGUGUCCAGAGUGUGGAGAAGCUGGGGUCAUGAUUGGUCACUCGAGGGCCGUUGGAGAUGACCCCUUUAUAGAUUCCAUUACCAUCGUGUAUGUUUGCAAUAUGAGGACUUUUAAAAGAGAAGUUGUGGAUUUGAAUUCCAUCCGUUUUAUGGGCAGCCGAUCGCAUAAAAAAGAAAUGAAUUGCUGUACAGUACAGUACAGUCAAGUAAGUGCAGUCAAACCUGUCUAUAGCAACUGCCCAAGGGAAACACCAAAAGUGAUCUUCGUAGACAGGUGAUCUUUGUAGACAGGUUCCUUAAUACAUGUUUCAACAAGAAACCAUUUUCAAGGAAAACAAAUAAUGCUGUCUUGGAAGACAGGUGGUCUUUCUAGACAGAUAGUCACCAAAGCAGGUUAGACUGUAUGACUUGAAUACAGUCAAACCUGUCUAUCAAUGCCACCACAGGGAAGCACAAAAAGUGGUCAUUGUACACAGGUGGCCAUUCUAGACUUGUUCUUUAACACACCUUUCCUUCUUCAAGGAGACAAUAUGGGUGACCAUUAUGGACAGGUAGGUGGUCUUAAUAGAGAGUAGGGGUUACCAUUGAAAAUGAAAUGAUAUAACACCUGCCUUAAGUGUGAUGUGGGCGUAAAGAUUUCCAAGACAACAAAAAAACACUGACAAUUUUUUGUUCAUUGUGCAUCCACAAGACCAUUUUCGUAGUGUAAUCAAAUUUAAUGCACAAAUCUUUUUUAAGU